AUGGCGCUGUUUGAAGUCUGCGGGCCCCGGGGCUGGGACGGCCGCCCCCGGAGCCGCCGCUGCUCCGGGGACCCGAUCACUACAGCUUCGGCCUGCGGGCGCCUGAGCUGGCCCUGCCCAGGGGAGCAGGUGCCGACGGACUCGGAGGGGGGCCGGGACCGGGUGCGGAUCCAGCUGGCCCACGGCACCACCACUCUGGCCUUCAAAUUCCAGCACGGGGUCGUCGUGGCCACCGACUCCCGGGCAUCGGCCGGCAGCUACAUCUCCACCCUGCAGUUCAACAAGGUGAUCGAGAUCAACCCCUACCUGCUGGGCACCAUGUCGGGCAGCGCCGCCGACUGCCAGUACUGGGAGCGGCUCCUCGCCAAGCACUGCAGGCUCUACGCCCUGCGGAACAAGGAGCGGAUCAGCGUCUCGGCCGCCUCCAAGCUGCUGUCGAACAUGCUGUGCGAGUACCGGGGCAUGGGGCUGUCGGUGGGCAGCAUGAUCUGCGGCUGGGACAAGAAGGGCCCCGGCCUGUACUACGUGGACGAUCACGGGGCGCGUCUCUCCGGCCCCAUGUUCUCCACGGGCAGCGGGAAGCCCUACGCCUACGGGGUGAUGGACAGCGGGUACCGGCCCGACCUCAGCGUGGAGGAGGCCUACGACCUGGGGCGCCGCGCCAUCUCCUACGCCACCCACCGCGACGCCUACUCCGGGGGCGUCGUCAACAUGUAUCACAUGAAGGAGGACGGCUGGAUCCGGGUCGGCCGGACGGACGUCAGCGACCUGCUGCACCAGUACGCGGACGCCAAGAAAUGAGAUGGGAACCAAGUGGCUCCUGAUUCAGGGCUGAGGGAGACUCAGGGCUGCAGCGACCGGGGCUGGGGGAGAGUGGGACACGGGUUUGAUGAAAUGAUAAAGAGUUUCUGUGUGUGUGUGAGAUGGAAUAAAGUUAAGCUGGACCAAC